GUUUGAGGUUUGGUUGAUGGUUUGACCUUAACCAGUCUUCUUUUGACCUUUUUGUGCGACCAAUGCCGUGUUAGCGCUUUCUCCACGUGGCAAGUUCUUUUUGUGUGUGAACUUCUUAGUGGGCCUAAAUUUAAAGCCCAUUAAACCCAAAACUCUCUUCCCCCUUCUUCUUCCUUCUGUAGGCAAUCUGAAGUUCAUUUAUUUUCUGCGCCGCCGACAAAGAGAUUCUCGGAGAAACCUAACCCGGCGGAGGAAACCAUGCGUCGUCACUCAGCAAUCGCUCUCCGAUGCCUAUUCACCAGAAACUCUCCACGACUCCCUCUUAAUCGAAGCAUUACCUCUUCUCCAGCUGCCGUAAACUCUACACCUCCUUCGCCGUCUCCUUAUUCUACAUCGAGUCUCAUCAAGGCAUCAUUCAAUUCACUGAUUCAGAGGAGAUUCAGCACUGGCGAGUCGCCGCCAGAUGUGAACAAGGUGGUGGAUGAGAUCAAUCUCAAGUUCGCAGAGGCGCGCGAGGAGAUAGAAAUGGCGAUGGAUGCGAAGGAGACGGUUUACUUCAACGAGGAGGCGGAGUGCGCGAGAGCAGCCGUGGCGGAGGUUAUGGAGAUGUUCGAGGGUUUGCUCGGGAAGGUAACGGAGAAAGAGAAGUCGUCCCUGCAGCGAUCCAUGGGGUUGAAGAUGGAACAGCUCAAAGCUGAGCUUCAACAGCUUAACGAAUGAUUGUUUGAUUGAUGAUGUUUGAUUCUGUGAAGAACGAAGAGGUUAGUAGAAUAUUAUAUCAUCUUCGUUUUUGUUACCGAACCAUUGUUCUUGUCUGAUUCAAUAAAUGUACUCUUUGGAUUAGAGAAACAUCGUUGUUGUGUGUUUUGAUCUUUGCAUAGAUACACAUCAUUUA